AUGGUGUCGCACGACAUGGAUCGCAUGGGGACAGACGAAAAGCGCGAUGCCAUCCGCGCCAUCGUCGAAGCUGACCUGCUGGACGACCGGUACAUGCAGACCCAGCGCGGUCUGCAGAACCGCCAUGUGCAGCUGAUGGCUCUGGGAGGCACAAUUGGCACCGGUCUGUUCGUCGGAACGGGUCAAUCGCUCGCCAUCGGCGGUCCGGCGUCGCUGCUACUGGGAUACAUCUUCAUCUCGUGCUUGGUCUACUGCCUCGUCACGGCCAUCGCGGAGAUCGGCGCUUACAUGCCCGUCCACGGCGGCACCAUGAGCUACCACGGCUUUCGCUACGUGUCGCGCAGCCUGGGCUUCGCCAUGGGCUACCUGUACUGGUACUCGAUCGGCAUCCUGGUCCCCUACGAGAUCACCGCGGCGUCGCUCGUCAUCGACUACUGGCACCCGGGCGUCCAUGUCGCCGUCUGGAUCACCGUCAUGAUCGUCGUCAUCGUCGCCCUGAACUUCCUGCCCGUGCGCUUCUACGGCGAGUCGGAGUUCUGGUUCGCCGGCAUCAAGGUCAUCACGCUCGUCGGCCUGUUAAUUCUGUCGUUUAUUCUCUUCUGGGGCGGCGGUCCGAAUCGCCAGCUGCUGGGGUUCCACUAUUGGAAGCAUCCCGGCUCGUUUAAUCAGUACAUCGUGACGGGGGAUGCCGGUCGCUUUGUCGGUUUGCUGCAGUGCAUGAUCUCCAGCGCCAUCGCCUUCAUUUUCGCCCCCGAGCUCAUCGUCAUCAGCGGCGGCGAGAUGGAAUCCCCUCGACGCAACGUGCCCCGAGCUGCCCGCCGGUAUAUCUACCGGCUGAUCUUCUUCUACAUCCUGGGCGUCCUGGCCAUCGGCGUCAUCUGCCCGUCGAAUGACUCGCGACUGACGAACGGUGGUGCCGGGGCCGGAUCGUCGCCGUUUGUCGUCGGCAUCAAGAACGCAGGCAUCCCCGCGCUGGACAGCAUCGUCAACGCCGCCAUAUUGACGUCUGCCUGGUCAUCGGGCAACUCGUUUCUCUACAUGUCGUCCCGGUCUCUGUACUCGCUCGCGGUGUCUGGAAACGCGCCCAGCAUCUUCAAGGCCUGCAACCGAUGGGGGGUGCCCUACGUGGCCGUGGCUGCCUCCGCCUUGUUCUCGCUGCUGGCCUACCUCUCCGUCGGCACAUCCAGCUCGAUCGUCUUCAACUGGCUGAUCAACUUCACCAACACGUCGGGCUUCAUCUCGUGGAUCUGCUGCUGCAUCGUGUACUGCCGCUUCCGCAAGGCCGUCCGCGCACAGGGCGUCCAGCAGCCCUACAAGUCCAAGCUGCAGCCGUACGGCGCGUACAUCGGGAUUGUGGGCUGCACGUUCCUGACGCUCAUCAACGGGUUUACCGUGUUCUUCCCGUCCAAGUGGUCCGUCAGCAGCUUCUUCACUGCGUACAUUGGGGUUCCGGCGUUUUUGCUGCUGUAUUUCGGCCACCGCACCGUGUUCUGGCGCGACCCGUGGGCGUGGCGGCCAGAGGAUGUCGAUCUGCAGACCGGACUGCAGGAGAUUAUAGCCGCAGAGAAACCGCCCAAGACUCGAUUCCAUGGUUCUGUAGGAGACCAUCUGCAUUUAAUAUUCUCUGGCGAAGAGACCAAACCUACUGCUCAUCCUGUCAAGCAGAGCUGGUGCUUAUACGGUCAUGAAAUAUUAUCAUUAUUGAUGAUGAUUGCAGAUGUGAUGUUGCCCGUGGCACAUGAUUCAUGUCCCGUUCGCUUCCCCGCCAUUUAUCCAUUCUUUGUUCUCCUCCACCGAAGCUGCGCCAGACCCAGCAUUUCCCCCGAUCAACCAUGGAACUUGCCCGCCUGCUGUCUGGGUGAUAAAGUGCAAUUGACUUCCCCGCAGUCUGUUUAUCCUCCUGUCAACUCAAACUUAGCAAAUAUCUCCUGUGAAGCCUGUAUAGACACGCAGCAUAUCAUGGCGGCCAACAGCGCUGCUCCAUCCGAGCAGCCCGCUGUUCCCGAUGGCACUGGUGUCCUCCAGCUCGAUCCGUGGCUCGAACCGUACAAGGAUGCGCUGCGGAGCCGAUUCGGGUACGCUCAGGACUGGAUCAGCCGCAUAGAUGAGACGGAAGGGGGGUUGGAGAAGUUCAGCAGGGACACUGACGGUGCGACGCAGGGGUACGAGAAAUUCGGGUUCAAUGUCAACGACAACGGAGAUAUUACGUACCGAGAAUGGGCACCCAAUGCCGUAGAGGCCCAUCUCAUCGGCGACUUCAAUAAUUGGGAUCGAAAGGCCACUCCGAUGACAAAGGACAGGUUUGGAGUCUGGGAGGUGACUCUCCCCAGCAAGAACGGCGUACCUGCCAUCCCUCACAACAGCAAACUCAAGAUCACAAUGGUCACACCGACCGGAGAAGUCAUCGACAGAAUCCCCGCGUGGAUCAGAAGGGUGGUUCAAGACCUGUCCGUGUCUCCGGUCUACGAAGCCGUCUUCUGGAACCCUCCUGCAGAAGAGCAGUAUCUGUUCCAGCAUCCCCGUCCGAAGAGACCGCUGAGUCUGCGCAUCUAUGAGGCGCACGUUGGGAUAUCCUCGCCGGAGACAAAGGUGGCCACGUACAAGAAUUUCACGGCCAACAUGCUUCCACGAAUCAAGUAUCUGGGCUACAACGCCAUUCAGCUGAUGGCCAUCAUGGAGCAUGCAUACUACGCAAGCUUUGGCUACCAAGUCAACAGCUUCUUCGCCGCCAGCAGCCGCUACGGUACUCCAGAAGACCUGAAAGAGUUGAUCGACACGGCCCACAGCUUAGGGCUGGUCGUCCUCCUCGACGUCGUCCACAGCCACGCGUCCAAGAACGUGCUGGACGGGCUGAACAUGUUUGACGGCACCGAUCACCUCUAUUUCCACGGAGGUGGCAAGGGCCAUCACGACCUGUGGGACAGUCGCCUGUUCAACUACGGCAACCACGAAGUUCUCCGUUUUCUGCUGAGUAACCUGCGCUUUUGGAUGGAAGAGUAUCGGUUUGACGGCUUUCGAUUUGACGGAGUUACCAGCAUGCUUUAUGUGCAUCAUGGGAUUGGCACGGGAUUCUCCGGUGGCUAUCACGAGUAUUUUGGGUCUGUGGUUGACAAGGACAGCGUGAUGUAUUUGACGCUAGCCAACGAAAUGCUCCACGCCAUUUACCCGGAAACAAUCACCAUAGCAGAGGACGUCUCGGGGAUGCCGGCCCUGUGUCUGCCGCUGUCAAUGGGCGGAGUGGGCUUUGACUACCGUCUCGCCAUGGCAGUGCCGGACAUGUACAUCAAGCUACUCAAGGAGAAAAGAGACGACGAGUGGGAUAUGGGCAACCUCGCCUUUACGCUGACCAACCGGCGACAUGGCGAGAAGAGCAUCGCCUAUGCGGAGAGCCAUGAUCAAGCCUUGGUCGGAGACAAAUCCCUAAUGAUGUGGCUAUGCGACAAAGAGCUGUACACGCACAUGUCAGUCCUGACAGAGUUGACACCCAUCAUCGACCGAGGCAUGGCGCUGCACAAGAUGAUCCGGCUGGUGACGCACGGUCUCGGAGGCGAAGGCUACCUGAACUUCGAGGGCAACGAGUUCGGCCACCCGGAAUGGCUCGACUUCCCGCGCGCAGGCAACGGCAACUCAUUCUGGUACGCGCGGCGACAGCUCAACCUGACGGAGGACCACCUGCUACGGUACCGGUUCCUGAACGAGUUCGACCGCGCCCUGCAGCUGGCGGAGGAGAAGUACGGCUGGCUGCACUCGCCGCAGGCAUACGUGAGCCUGAAGCACGAGGCCGACAAGGUUCUCGUCUUUGAGCGCGCGGGCCUGCUGUGGGUGUUCAACUUCCAUCCGACGCGCAGUUACGCCGACUACCGCGUCGGCGUCGACCAGCCGGGGACGUAUCGCAUCGUGCUGGACACGGACGAUACGGCGUUUGGCGGACACGGCCGCAAUGCGAGCGAAACGCGGUUUUUUACGACGGAUUUGCCGUGGAAUGGCCGGAAGAACUUUCUCCACGUGUAUAUUCCGGUGCGAACGGCGUUGGUCUUUGCGCUGGAGGAAACACUUUAA